CAACAAAAAAGGUAUAAAAGCUCUCUCUAGUCUCCUUCAUUCUUACGAGCUUUAGCAUCUUCACCACAAAACCAACGCCAUGAUCGUCUUCCUCUUCUAUAAAUCGUAUUGUUUCCAGUGGUAGAUCAUCUCGGCGAUGAGGGUUUUCAAGAUCAGACGAAACCAGCGGUUAACUACAUCGCGCAUUUAAGUUGAUAUUAUUACUGGGUGGCUCUGGCUUAGCCCCACUCCAUUCUGUUGCCAGAUUUUUUUAUUUAGAGAUACAAGAAAACUAAAGUAGAGAGAAGGUGUUGAUACAAAAUGCUUCAACACCAAAUCGUGCAGUCCCCUGCUAGGCUAGGCCUUACAAACCCUAACUCACCAUCAAUUUUGAACCCUAACCCUCAAAAGCUACCACCGUCACAGACCAAUCAUCACCAAGACCGCCAUUCUGCGACCCCUUCAGCCGCUCUAAUCUCUCUUUUGCCACCCCUCCCUAGAGCACAAGCACUUCUUUCUCAAAUGGCUUCCCUAGCUUCUAAGCUCUUCGAAGUAUCACCUAAUAGAUCUGUUUGGGUCACUGCAUUCCGUGGAUCACUCCCAACAUUCCUCUCUUCCCAAACCCAACCACAUUCAUUUUCCUCCCUCGAGUCUUCUUUGCCUUCCACCACCAAAGAAAUUAUUUCACUUUUCACCACCCUUCAAACCCAAAUCUUUGAAGCUGUUUCUGAACUCCAAGAAAUUAUUGAUCUACAAGAUGCUAAAAAGAAGAUUGAUGGGGAAAUUCGGUCAAAAGAUUCAGCACUUCUUGCAUUUGCCAACAAACUCAAAGAUGCUGAGAGGGAACUUGAUAUUCUUGUCGAUGAUUACUCUGAUUAUCGCCGUAGCAUCAAGAGAUUGAAAUCAGGAGAUGGUAGUGAAGAUGAUUCCUUAACAACCUCAACUGUCUCAUCUCAGCUGAAACUGUCAGAUAUAUUAUCAUAUGCUCAUCGAAUAAGUUAUACAACCUUUGCACCACCAGAAUUUGGAGCAGGAACGGCUCCUCUUCGUGGUGCAAUGCCACCUGCACCACAAGACGAGCAAAUGAGAGCUUCACAGUUAUAUAAUUUUGCAGACCUUGAUAUUGGAUUGCCUAAAGCAGUUGAAACUAAGGAGAAAACAGUUGAGGCUAUUAUUGAACCUCCACCGUCUGUGGAUACUAAUCCACUUGGAAAUUUGUCUGCAAUUCAAGGGAUGCUACCACCAAAUUUUGCAAUCCCACCUGGUUGGAAGCCUGGAAUGCCUGUACAAUUGCCUAUUGAUAUGCCAAUUAAGCCCCCACCUGGGUGGAAACCAGGGGAUCCUGUGGCAUUGCCACCUAUUGACUCACUUCCAGUACCAAGAUUUGAGGAACAGAAAUUACCCCCUCACAUUCCUCAGCCCAGGCAGCCAGAAAUUAUUCAAGUACAGCAUGUUAAUUUGGAUCUUGGUGGAGAAAGUGAUAGUAGUGAUUAUAGUAGUGAUGAGGCAAGCUCUGAUGACGAAGAUUAAGAAGUCCAUGAAACUUAUCAUCUCAAAUUGUUGACUGUAUAGAUUUUACACACAGGAGUACCAGCCACAGUUUGAGAGGGGAAAAGGUUAAGCAGCUGGAAAAGAGUUGAACAUCCUUGGCCCAGCAUCAGUUAAUUUGAGAAAAUACACACAGGAGGGUUACUCAACCGCUUUUUCGUUCCUCUAUUACCAUUUUUUGGUUAAACUGAGUCUGAGACGGUUGAAGAUAAUGUCGUUGAUUCUGACAUUUUGUUUGUUACUAUUGGACUCAUGUAUUCUGGAUUUUGUAGAGAUUGCUAAUGAGUUUAAUGUUUUGAUCCGACUCCUCUAAAUAGGUUGAUUGUUACUUUAUUUGAAUUGAUAUUCAUUUGCGUGAAAUUAGUAUCACUAUAAUUACAUGUUGUCAUGAUGA